GAAAAGAGGGAGGGCUGGACUCCAUUAAUCCGAAGCCUGCUGCUGCCUGGAAAACUGUUUGGGAUACUUCACUUCUUCAGCGACUUCUUCGGGGAUUUCUUUCUGUUUUUAGCACCAAGUCCAGAGCAUAUACAUGAUUUAAAGAAGUGGGACUCAUUCUGCGCCGUUUAAUCUACUGUUUAGGUAUUUUUUUUCCGUCUUUGUGAAGGAUGGCUCUGGAUGGGAUCCGGAUGCCCGAUGGCUGCUACGCCGAUGGGACGUGGGAGCUGAAGAUGCACGUUACCGACCUCCACAGGGAUGUGUCUCUGAGGGUCACCGGAGAAAUCCACAUUGGUGGUGUAAUGCUCAAACUUGUGGAGAAACUAGAUGUGAAGAAGGACUGGUCGGACCACGCCUUGUGGUGGGAAAAGAAGAAGACAUGGCUGCUAAAAACCCACUGGACGUUGGACAAGUACGGCAUCCAGGCCGACGCCAGGUUGCUCUUCACACCACAGCACAAACUGCUGCGCCUCCAGCUGCCCAACAUGAAGCACAUGAAGGUCAAGGUGAACUUCUCCGACCGGGUCUUCAAGGCGGUGUCGGACAUCUGCAAGACUUUCAAUAUCCGCCACCCAGAGGAGCUGUCUCUACUGCGCAAACCUCGUGAUCCCAAGAAGAAAAAGAAAAAGUUGGAGGAGGCAGAAGAGGACGACCUGGAGCUGGAGGGUCCCCUGUUGACUACUGGAACAGCCUCUGAGAUAAUUUACAUCGGACCUGUUAAAGGAAGCAUCUACUCUAGUCCAGGCUUGUACAGCAAGACCAUGACCCCAACCUACGACUCCAGGGAUGGCAGCCCGCUGUCGCCAACCUCAGCGUGGUUUGGGGACAGCCCCCUGUCGGAGGGUAACCCCAGCAUCCUUGCUGUCAGCCAGCCAAUAUCCUCACCCGACAUCCUGGUCAAACUCUACAAACCCCAGUCUCUGCUGGACAAAGCGAAGAUCAAUCAAGGGUGGUUGGAUUCAUCCCGGUCUCUCAUGGAGCAGGAUGUAAAGGAGAACGAUGUGCUCCUGCUGAGGUUUAAAUAUCACAGCUUCUUUGACCUCAACCCAAAGUAUGAUGCCAUCCGAGUCAACCAGCUCUAUGAACAGGCCAAGUGGGCCAUCCUGCUGGAGGAAAUUGAGUGCACAGAGGAGGAAAUGAUGAUGUUUGCUGCCCUGCAGUACCACAUCAACAAGCUGUCAAUCAUGUCUUCAGACAACCACAUGAAUAACAGCGAGAAGGAGGUGGAUGAGGUGGAUGCAGCGCUGUCAGAUUUGGAGAUUACUCUGGAAGGGGGGAAAACCUCCAAUACUCUGGGCGACAUCACAUCUAUUCCAGAGCUAGCAGACUAUGUCAAAGUUUUCAAACCCAAGAAGCUGACGCUGAAGGGCUAUAAGCAGUACUGGUGCACGUUCAAGGACAUCACCAUUUCCUGCUACAAGAGUAAAGAGGAAGCACAUGGGACGCCUGCUCAUCAAAUGAAUCUAAGAGGUUGUGAGGUAACGCCAGAUGUGAACAUUUCUGGUCAGAAAUUCAACAUCAAAUUAUUAAUCCCUGUGGCGGAUGGGAUGAAUGAGAUCUGGCUUCGGUGUGACACGGAGAAACAGUAUGCUCACUGGAUGGCUGCUUGUCGCUUGGCCUCCAAAGGAAAGACCAUGGCUGACAGUUCAUACAACUUAGAGGUCCAAAAUAUUCUCUCCUUCCUCAAGAUGCAGCACAUGAACCCUGACCCCCAGUUCAUUGAACCGAUCACCACCGAUAUUAACCCAGAGUGUCUGGUGUCCCCGCGUUACCUUAAGAAAUACAAGAACAAGCAGCCAGGGUAUAUCAGGGAUUUGAUUUCAGCCCGGAUUCUUGAAGCCCACCAGAACGUUGCCCAGAUGAGUCUAAUCGAGGCCAAGAUGCGCUUCAUUCAGGCAUGGCAAUCCUUGCCAGAGUUUGGAAUCACUCACUUCCUUGCAAAGUUUCAGGGAGGAAAGAAAGAAGAGCUGAUUGGAAUCACCUAUAAUCGUCUGAUCCGGAUGGAUGCCCACACUGGAGAUGCCAUCAAGACCUGGCGCUUUAGCAACAUGAAGCAGUGGAAUGUUAACUGGGAGAUCAAGAUGGUGACCGUUGAGUUUGCAGAUGAACCCAGCCUGUCCUUCAUCUGUGCAGAAGUGGACUGCAAGGUGGUUCACGAGUUCAUCGGUGGCUACAUCUUCCUGUCGACACGCGCCAAGGACCAGAAUGAGUCGCUAGAUGAGGAAAUGUUCUAUAAACUGACCAGCGGCUGGGUCUGAGGUGUCCCAGUUCAAAGGGGGUCGAUGAUUUUAGAUCGGGGGAAAUGGGUGAGGGUAGGAAGUCGAGCAGGCUUAUGAGGUUAUUUUAUUUUAUUGUUUUUUUUUUUUGUCUUUUCAACUGUUAAAAACUGUGCUGAAUUAGCACAUUUUUUUGCCAAGACUGACACAAUUAUUGUUCUAAUUUGUUUUUAUAUAUAUAUUUGCAUUAAUGCUCACAGUCAUUUCUUGCCUUAUUAAUGUUCUGGCUGGUACCAUCCAGAUGAAGGAGUCUUAGUCUGAGAACCUUCUUCUGCUUUUGCUCUCAUCUCUCCUUCUCUCAGAAUUACGGCCACAAUUUUGUUUAGAUUUAAUCCCAAAGAAUAACUUAAAAACGAGUUAUUACUGAUAUUAAAGUGUGGAAAAUUUUGGAGGGAGAAGUUUUCACACACUUAUUUCUUUAAUUACCAAAAAUAUAAAAAAAGAAUCCGAGCAUAUCUAACCAUUAAAGCCUUAUGAUUUAAUUUAGUUAAGUUUUAAUGCCAAACUAUCAAAA